GUCUACACACCCUGACAGCACCCAAUAAACCCACCACUCCCAUUCAUCUCCACCCUUCCACCCACCUCCACCCCUCCCUCGUUCUCUCCCUCUCCGUCUCUCCUCUCUUGCCGACAAGCAGUGGGUGACUUAAAACAACAUACGAGAUUUGUGUUUGGUCGUCCUAGAGGAUUACUUUGUUGUUCCUUAACAUUUAUUUGACAUAAAAUAGUCUGACACAUUUUCAGUCUCUUCUGAAGGUCCUGCUUCUGAGAUCUAGUUGGUUUUCUCCGCAGGAGUUCCUUGAUGAGGUUUCAGCCAUCCACGCGUACUAGCACUUGAUCUCGGCGGGGAAAGCUGACGAAAGAAGGAUGGCCAUCCACGCCGAAGGUCUUGUGGCUAUCGUGAUUUUCUAUGUCAUGAUUCUGUUUGUGGGCAUCUGGGCAGCGUGGAAAAAUAAGAACUCCGGAGUGGUCGAAGGCGUUGACCGAAGCGAGAUCAUCAUGGUCGGAGGAAGGGACAUAGGAUUGUUUGUUGGAGGAUUCACAAUGACCGCCACUUGGGUGGGUGGGGGCUACAUCAAUGGGACAGCAGAAUAUGUCUACCUUCCAGACUAUGGCCUGGCUUGGGCACAGGCUCCGUUUGGUUAUGCUCUCAGCCUAGUAGUAGGUGGCCUUUUUUUUGCAAAGCCUAUGCGUUCCCGUGGCUACGUCACCAUGCUGGAUCCCUUCCAGCAGCUGUAUGGAGAAAGAAUGGGGGGGCUACUCUUCAUCCCCGCACUCAUGGGGGAAAUCUUCUGGUCUGCAGCCAUUUUAUCAGCCCUUGGUGCCACUCUGAGUGUGAUUGUGGACAUAGACAUCAACAUGUCAGUGGUGAUCUCAGCCCUGAUAGCUAUCUUUUACACACUCGUGGGAGGACUUUACUCUGUCGCAUACACAGAUGUGGUCCAGCUUUUCUGCAUCUUUCUGGGCUUGUGGAUCAGCGUGCCCUUUGCCCUGUCCAAUCCUGCCGUCACAGACAUCAGUUUUACAGCCAAGGAAGAAGUCUACCAGUCACCCUGGCUGGGGAAGAUUGAGCCUGAAGACAAAUGGCUCUGGGCAGACAACUUCUUUUUGCUGAUUUUGGGGGGGAUUCCCUGGCAGGUCUAUUUUCAACGGGUUCUCUCUGCCUCUUCAGCUACCUACGCCCAGGUCCUUUCCUUCCUCGCCGCCUUCGGCUGCUUGGUCAUGGCUGUCCCCUCUGUCCUCAUAGGAGCUAUAGGGGCCUCCACUGACUGGAACCAGACUUCUUAUGGCUCGCUCGCUCCAAAGGACAAGGAUCAAUCAGACAUGAUCCUUCCAAUCGUGCUUCAGCAUCUCUGCCCACCAUACAUCUCCUUCUUUGGUCUUGGGGCGGUGUCUGCUGCUGUCAUGUCAUCAGCCGACUCAUCCAUUCUUUCAGCUAGCUCCAUGUUUGCUCGGAACAUCUAUCAGCUCGCAUUUCGGCAGUCGGCCUCAGACAGGGAGAUUGUUUGGGUGAUGCGCAUCACAAUCUUUGUAUUCGGAGCUCUUGCCACCGCUAUGGCCUUGUUGACAGGAUCCGUGUAUGGCCUCUGGUACCUGAGCUCCGACUUGGUCUACGUCAUCAUCUUUCCCCAACUUCUCAGUGUUUUAUUCGUCAAGGGCACCAACACCUAUGGCUCUGUGGCUGGCUAUAUCUUUGGUCUCCUGCUACGCAUUGGUGGAGGGGAGCCUUACCUCAAGCUUCCUCCCUUCAUCUUCUUCCCUGGUUGGGUGAUGCAGAAGAGGAUCCAUCACCUCACCGGGGAUGUGGAGCAUUUUGUCCAGCAGAGGUUCCCUUUCAAGUCUGUUUCCAUGUUGGCCUCCUUCCUGGCCAAUGUGGCCUUUUCUUACCUGACAAAGUACCUAUUUGAAAGCGGCAUGUUAUCACACAAGUAUGACUUCCUGGAUGCUGUGGUGUCCAAGCAUAGCAAGGAGAUCAUGGACAAAACUACUUUGGUGGGCAACCAUGAUAACAUAAUUCUUUCAGAGAUGGCACCUGUCAACCAGACCUUGGGUGCGUCGCUCGCUGGGACAUUCAACAACGCUGAGAUCCUCAGUGAUGAUGGGGCUUUAAGUCCAGACUAGCCAACACGGGCACAAAGGAAAGUAGAACCAAGGAAAUUGGAGAAGAAGGAAUAAUCAGAGAGGCAUCCACAUUCUUCAGGAAACUUGUUACUGCCACACUGGAAGCCACAUCCACUGAAAUCGGUUGUGGGUUCCACGUGAUUCUACAAGUUUGUUUACUGCUGAUGGCAUGGUGCCUCCUUCCUUUUUAACAUCCUUUGCCUAGAACCAAGAGGUUGACUGUCAUCAGCUGUAUCAUACCACACUCAUUCAUUUUUUGUUUUGACUUUGAAUCUGUAACAGCUACAACCAUUUUCAUUUAGGUGCUGCUUCGUCGUUCAAAGGGACCUUCAGGCAAAAACAAUGAAAGCUUGAAUUUGUGCAGAUUUGCUGUGGGUCAUGAGAAUAGUGCAAUAUCUAACCAAGUGUUCAUGUCCGCAUAGCUGUGUGUCUGUGAUGAUGUACAUGCACUUAUGAUGACUGAUAUCAGGGGGAAUGCUCCAGAACAUUUUUAGUUUGCAUAGGGUACUCUUACUAAUAAAGCAAUAAUAUUUUUAAGGCCUGUGUCGUAAAAAUAGAUACAUUGUUCUGAAUUGCAAGUUAAUGCCAUGUUUUUAGUUCAGAUUAUUUUCUGUUUUGCUUGUUUCAUGUGGUCUGCUCACCUGGCUCCCAAUCAUAUUCUCUAAUUACAGACACAGCAAGUGCAUAUAUCUAAACUCUCGACCUAAAGGUUGACAUUGGAUGAUUCUGCAAGAGACUAGAUUACGGUAAAACAAGACAAGAUACGAUAUAUUGAUCUCCCAUUGUUGAAAUUCACUUGUUUCAGCAGGUCAAAAGGAGAAAAAUUAAAUAAAGUAAGCAAGUUGUAAAAAUAGGAACGUUUAGGAAAAUUACAAUAUAAAUAAUGAUAGCAGUGAUAAUAAUAUAGAAACACAGUGUAAACACAGUGUACACUGAUAGAUAUUUACACACAUGGUAAGACUGUAAUUGACCAAAAUUAGAUAUCAGUGGGAGUAGAAACAAUAAUGUGAUGAAAAUAUGUAUUAAUAGCAAAUAGGCAUAUGAAUGGUAUGUUACCAGAGAAAUAAAGUGCAGACACGUCAUAGUAAAUUAUGGACAAUGGCUGGAUAAAGGCUACGAGAAGUGUUGUUCAGUUGUAAAAUUCACUAUCAACAUUUUAAAAUAUAUAUAUAUAUUUCUGUAAUAUAUCUGAGUGGCCAACAUUCAAUUCAAUUCAAACAACUUUUUAAAUCCCUCUUGGGGCAAUUGGUGUGGAGGCGCUUGUACAUAUGAGAAAGAAACAUAAAUAAAGACAAGAUGAGGUACAAACAACAGAUUACACAAGGAGUGAAAAUAUAAAUAAAUAAAUAAAAAUAGGAGCAUUCAGUAAUCUGAGCGCAGAGGGGAUGAACGAUUUGAGUAGUGGUUAGAAUAUGAUUAGUAAAAGGCAGGUAAAACAUCAAGGAGAAACAAGCUGCAACAACCCAAAGGAACAACAUUAUGAGAAACUAAAAUUCAUAAACAAUGGAAAGACAGAAACGUACGGCACUGUUUAGCAAAAAGCCAAAAGAACUGUAUUAAUAGCUAAUGCGCUGCAAAUACAAAAGGAUGCAAUGACCAAGCCCUACCAAGAAAAUAAAAUGCAACAGCAAAAUGCAGCAAACAAAGUCAUGAUAACCUAAACUAUUACAAUUUACAAUUUACAGACUUGUUCCUAACCUGGAUUUGCACCGGCAAUCCUCGGAUUCCUAAUCCAAGUCCAAGUAGACUGAGCUAUUGCUGCCCCCAACUUUGCAGCCAUUCUUCCAAAGGGAAACCAUUUGAGCAGUUGCAACUCGUGUGCAGGUGUACUGUUAUAUGUUCUUGUUGCUGUUGCCAGAUAGCUGAUGUACAAUCAAAACCAACCUUACAAAGAUAAGCCCAAUAUUCACACUCCUUUUAGUUCCAUUACCAGGCACAUUGGGGAUAUAUGAGGCAUUUUGCCAGUACUAGUGUUACCAAGCUAGACUGAUAGCUGUCUCCUUCACCUACAGAGAAAAAACGAAUUCAAGCAAUCAAUGAACCAAAAUAUUAAGGUAGUCUGAAACAAUGGGAUGAAGAAUGCACUUAGAGCUGCGACAUCUACAAAGUGUAUUACUAUUAUUAUCAUCUUUUAAGUUUUUCACUGUUUGAUCAACAUUUUUAAAUAAAAACAUAGAUUAGUGCGGCUAUGAUGAUAUAUAAUUCACAAUCAUCAGUAAUUGGUCAUGUAAAGUAAUACACAGAUGUAGCUGUCGGAUUUUGGAAACACAUUAAACAUCCUCCCCAGCCUUGAACUUCAACAUUUUGGCACUGAAUAUUUUAACUAGACAUUAAUAUGGACUGAAUAAUCAUCCAAAAGACUAUGAAUUUAUUUCUACUAGAACCCCAGUUUUCCUUACCAAUCCCAUUAUUUAUGCAGAUCUAGUAUGACCUGGAUUUUUUUUUUUUCUGUUUACGUUCCAAGUAGCACUUAGCUUCAUUUUUAUGUUAUGUAUUGUAUUUUUGUAAUGUGCAUUUCCACACCACAAUACAUUGACAACAAUGAAGCACAUCUGAUUUCAAUUUAACAGUUUCAGUUUUUAAUACUCAUC